CCAAAACCCUCUUUAACCCUCCAACGCCAUCGAAAGCAAGCCUCUGUUGCAGACAGACAUGGGGAAGAAGAAGAAGAAGGAGGGAACAGAUUCCGAUGUCGAACCAGAACUCAACGCCGCCAACAAUGGCAACAUCGACGACUCUCACCACAAGAAGAAGCAUAAGAAGAAGAAGAAGAUGAAGAAGACAAACCAGUUACCCACAGUCAGCAUAGCUGUUCCUGGUUCCAUCAUUGACAACGUCCCAACCCUCGAGCUCGCUACCCGGUUGGCUGGUCAAAUCGCUCGUGCUGCAACGAUUUUUCGAAUCAAUGAGGUGGUUGUGUUUGAUAAUAGUGGUAACCUGGAUGAAGAUACCAUGCUGGAUAAUGCAGAUGAUGAAAGUGGUGCUGCUUUUCUCAUCCGAAUUUUGAAGUAUCUUGAGACACCUCAGUAUUUGAGGAAGGCUCUCUUCCCAAUGCAUAACAGUCUAAGAUUUGUGGGACUGUUGCCGCCCCUUGAUGCACCGCACCAUCUGCGCAAACAUGAAUGGGGUUCGUAUAGGGAAGGUGUUACGAUAAGACAAAGAGAUUCAAACUCUGCGGCAACACUAGUUGAUGUUGGUUUAGCUAAGAAUGUUGUAGUCGACCAAAUACUUGAACCAGGAAGAAGAGUUACUGUCGCCAUGGGUGCCAACCGCAAUUUGGAUUCUGAUUUGCCACGUCAAGUUGUCUCAUCAUUGAAGCCUAGGGAAGACGGAACAUAUUGGGGAUAUCAAGUUCGUUAUGCGCAUAAUAUUAGCUCAGUAUGUAAGGAUUCUACAUUCGAGGGUGGCUAUGAUUAUAUAAUCGGUACCUCUGAGCAUGGUCAGAUUAUCAAGUCAUCUGAUCUUGAAUUACCUUCUUUUAGGCAUUUAUUGAUUACCUUUGGUGGACUGGCUGGGUUGGAAGAGAGUAUUGAAGAAGAUGAUAACUUGAAGGGUAAAAAGGCACAGGACGCUUUUAAUUUGUAUUUAAAUACAUGUCCAAAUCAGGGUAGCCGAACAAUUCGGACAGAGGAAGCUAUUUUUAUCUCUCUUCAGUAUUUCCAAGAACCAAUCAGCAGAGCAUUGCAGGGUUGAGUAUUGUUGUAGUCUUUAAAUUCAUAUACUUCAGGCAUUGUUUCUCCAAAUUAUGGCUGAAACUGAGACACGAACAAUAUUAGUUCAAAAGCAAAAUUAGAAAUUGUCCGUCUAGGCGUCUACGGUCUACCUCAUAGCAAACUGGCCAUGAGUUUAUAGGAUUCUUCUUCACGACUAAUUUUGUAAGUGGUGACACUUUCUGUUUACCUUGGUUGUAGAAUUUGCAAACAGUAUUCGAUCUUAAUAUGUAAGUGAGAAAUUAGAAGUGCUAAUGUAUGAGUAUCUGUUGGAUAACUGCUAUUGCAUCCAAAGGGAUAGAUGUUCUUUAGA